UAACAUUACUUUCAUAACUUCAUACGGAAUAUCAACAUGUUGAUCAGAUGUGAAUGCAGAAUCUCUAUUGAAGCUGAACACCUGAGUGUGUGUGUGUGUGUGUGCUAAUAGACCGCAGCCGCGUAAGAUGACGUCGGCCACGCCCACUUCUUCUCAUGGCCCCGCCCCUCAGAAGGUCUGCCACUCCCAGACUCAGACAGACGUUCUGAAGCCUCUGCUCGGAGGGGCGGGGCCUGGGAGUCAGGUGACACGCAGAAGGCGGGUCUUAUCCAAGGAUGGGCGGAGCAACGUGCGCAUCGAGCACGUGAGUGGGCGUGGCGCUCUGUACCUGCGUGACCCCUGGACGACCUUUGUGGACAUGCAGUGGAGGUACAAACUGGUUCUGUUCAGCGCCACGUUUGUGGGCACGUGGUUCGGCUUCGGACUGCUGUGGUACUUGCUGGCUUUGGUGCACGGAGACCUGCUGGAGUUCGAUCCUCCAGCGAACCACAGUGUGUGUGUGAUGCAGAUGCAAACGCUGACGGGGGCUUUCCUCUUCUCCCUGGAAACACAGACCACCAUCGGCUACGGGUACCGGUGCAUUACUGAAGACUGUCCGUCUGCAAUCGUCCUGCUCAUCCUCCAGCUCCUCAUCACCACCGCGAUGGAGAUCUUCAUCACCGGAACGUUCCUUGCCAAGGUGGCUCGGCCGAAAAAACGUGGUGGGACGAUUCGGUUCAGUCAACACGCAGUGAUAGCCAAUCACGACGGCCGACCGUGUCUCAUGAUACGAGUUGCCAACAUGCGCAAAAGUCUGUUGCUGGGCUGCCAGGUGACAGGGAAGCUUUUACAGCCGUGUGUGCCGAAGGAGGGAGAGACGGUGCGUUUGGACCAGAAGAACGUGAGCUUCAGCGUGGACACGGAGAGCGAGAGCCCGUUCCUCAUCCUCCCCCUCACCUUCUACCACACCAUCGAUGACGAGAGCCCGCUGCAAGCCUGGGCCGACACGGGUGGAGGAUGGACAGAACCCGAUCCGGUGGAUUUUGAGCUGCUGGUUAUGAUGAUCUCCACAGUAGAACCAACAUCGGCCACCUGUCAGGUGCGGACCUCAUACCUGCCCGAGGAGAUCCUGUGGGGGUACGAGUUCCCGCCCAUCGUGUCGCUCUCGUCGAUGGGAAAAUACGUGGCGGAUCUCGCAUACUUCGACAAAGUGGUGAAAACUAAGACCCCGCCCCUUUUUAAACAGACUCCGCCCCCUUUCAAACAGACCCCGCCCAGUGGCACCCGUGAAACGGACCCGGAGAAAAUGCGCCUGGAGCAAAGCUACCGAGAGGGAAGCGAUGAGAGACAGAGCGUUCGCAUUAGUAACGUAUGAAAUACAUAAUCUAUCUCCGAUAAAUAUAGAAUGAUUUGAUAUGUUGAUAAUCUUCAGCGGCGCGUUUAAACCAGGAUUUUUGCAUAUGGGAUAAACUGCGUAGCAUA